AUCUCGAUGGAAAGAAGAAGCCAAAAGAGGCACGUCACCUUUGAACUACAGCCUUUCUCGAUCACCGGCGCCAACUUAUACCUAAACAAUUGAAUGAAAGGACUCGGUGGUGGUUACAGCUUCUUAUCCAUGUGCCGCGUGUCGAUGUAGGAGGAGUCUGAGCAGCUGAUCUUUACAGAUCAGAGUGGAGUUCUCCGAUCUCCCCUGCACCUCAAUCAUUGCCAUGAGCUUCUCCGGCGCCAUCGCCUACCGUGCCACCGCGUCCAUCGUCGUCGCCCCUCUUCUCGUUUUGGUCGUCAUCUAUGCCUGCCUAUGGCCGCUUGGAGUACCCACAGCUUUCUUCCGCUUGCAACACGGUGCAAAUACUACGGAGAUUACCCGAAAAGAUGAACUGGAAGCAGCACUAGAGGGGGUCGCCAUGGAGAACAGGACUUUGAUCAUCGCGAUACUGAACAAGGCGUACGUGGAGCAGAACGCGAUGCUGGAUCUGUUCUUGCAAAGUCUUCGAGAAGGGGAGGACACCGAAUUCUUGAUCGACCACCUUCUUUUCGUCGCCGUCGACCAGAGGGCCUUCAACAGAUGCCGCACCCUGGAGCUUCACUGUUACAAUCUCGUAACCGAGGGCGUCGACUUCUCCAAGGAGGUCUUCUACAUGUCUGAUGCAUUCAACAACAUGAUGUGGAGAAGAACUCUCUUCCUCGGAGAUGUCCUCCGGCGCGGAUACAGCUUCAUCUUCACCGAUAUGGAUGUCAUGUGGCUACGGAAUCCGUUCUCACAGUUGUCUCGUGAUGGAGAGGACCUUCAGAUGAGCAGUGACUUCUACUACGGCAAACCAUUCAAUAACUCCAACUUCAACACCGGUUUCUAUUUCGUGACAGCAAACAAGAAGACCGUAGCACUGUUCGACGAGUGGUAUGCGUGGAGGAACAACCUGAAAGGCAUGAAAGAACAAGAUGUGCUGCAGAAGAUGAAGAAGGAGGGAGCGUUCACGCGGCUGGGGCUGAAAGUGAGGUACCUGGAGACUGCCUAUUUUAGUGGGUUCUGUCAAAUGAGUCAGGACUUGAGGAAAGUGAUUACGGUUCAUGCGAACUGUUGUGCCAGCAUGAAAGCUAAGCUCAUAGACCUGAGAUCUGUGCUUGAAGCUUGGAAGGUUAGCAACUCGAAUGGCACAUCAAAUGCUACUACGACUGCAUGGCCUCCGGUCAAGGGAAUCUGCUUGCACGACACUGCCACCAAGCAGCACACUGCCACAAAGCACUGAAGUGAACAAGGUAAGAUGACCAAGGUUUCUGUGCAUUCAUAACUCGAGUGAGAUACUUGUCGAUCCAUGUAUCACUUCUGUGUUCCAUACAAUUAUAAAUGCUCCCCGUAUCAGUUUAAA